GGUCCCGGAGCCGGAGGCGCGCGAGGAGGAGGAGGAGGGCGGAGCCUCGGCGGCGCUGGGGGCUCCGGCGGCGAGGCGGAGGCGGAGGACAACGACGGCGGCUCCGCUCGCCUUUAGAGCUCGCUCGCCGCCUCUCGCGCUCUCGCUCUCCAUUCUGGGCUCGGCGCCGCGCUCCUCCGGCCGGCGGGAUGGCCGCGCUCCUGCCGCCGCCGCCGCCGCCGCGGCUCCUCCUCUGCCUGCCGCUCCUCUGCCUGCUCUGCCACGGCCCCGCCGGCAGCCUCGGCAACCGGCACGCGGUGCAUUGGAACAGCUCCAACCCGCACUUGCGCCGGGAGGGCUACACCGUCCAGGUGAACGUCAAUGACUACCUAGACAUCUACUGCCCGCACUACAAUGCCUCAGUGCCCGAGGGGCGUAUGGAGCAAUACAUCCUCUACAUGGUGAACCAUGAGGGCUACCGGACGUGCAACAUCAGCCAGGGGUUCAAGCGCUGGGAGUGCAACCGGCCCCACGCCCCGCACAGCCCCAUCAAGUUCUCGGAGAAGUUCCAGCGCUACAGCGCCUUCUCGCUGGGCUACGAGUUCCAUGCCGGCCACGAGUAUUACUACAUCUCAACUCCGACGCAUAACCACCGCCGGGCCUGCCUGCGGAUGAAGGUUUUUGUCUGCUGCGCUUCCCCGUCGCACCCUAGAGAGAAAACGGUUCCGACCCUUCCGCAGUUCACUAUAGGGCCAGAGAUGAAGAUCAAAGAGUUGGAUGAUUUUAACCCAGAGAUGCCCAAGCUCGAAAAAAGCAUCAGUGGGACGAGUCCAAAACGGGAACACUUACCCCUGGCCGUGGCCGCCACCUUGUUCCUCAUGACCCUCUUGGCCUCCUAGCCGCGUGGGUCGCCGAGAGGGAGCCGACCCACACUCAGCCAGCCAGCCAGCACCAGCGGCCUCCCCAAUUCAUUUCUGAAAAGGACAAAAGUGGACAUUUUUUUAAUAUAUAUAUAUAUAUAUAUAUAUAUAUAUCUUUUUAAAAAAUGUAAUUCCAAAGGGAGGCGGCUUGAGGCGAUGCGGGGAGGCGCAAAGGUGGGGCAUGAUGAACUUUCCUGGCUGUGCCACCACCUCCUCCGCAACAGCUAAGGGGGGAAGGUUUCCCGCCUGCCACCCGCUGGGGACGUUUGUGUGCGUGGGAAGGGAGGGAGAUUUUUUGACGAGGGGCCUCCCUCCCGUGGCGGGCUACGUGGACUUUGGUGGGGGCUGGAUCGAGCUUUCUUUCAGCGUCCCGGAAUCCAGGGCCUCCAUGCCCAGGCGGGCGAUUGCAUUUGAAGGGCCACGGGCCAGUGCCGCAGCAAUAGGCAACCUGCCUGUCUCUUCCGAUGGCCCCGGUGGUGGGCUGACGGCAGAACCUGAAGUGACGGACAGCCUUCAAGAACGUUGAGGUGGCUCGGGUCAGGACACGGGGGGGUCGUGGCCUGGCAAAACUUUUGCAAGGGAGAACCGUGCCCUGCUUUGAAGGGGGGGUGGCGCCUGUCCCAGAAAUCCCCACGCCAGAGAUUUUGGGUGGGGAGGUGUAACAUAGUCUCCCCAGUGACUUUCGCGCUGAGGCGGGGGGCACGUGGUAGCCUGGUCCUAACCCUGAGGGGGGGUACCUGUACAUAUCUCUUACGUGUUCUGUACAGAGAGAGAGGCUCUAUUAUCCGUGUCGAUAGAUUAUAUAAAAACUGUUCAUGUACUGGGGGUGGGCGCGGGGCAGGCACCGGCCUGCCUGUCAAAGCCAGAGUCUUUGGUUUGUUUUUUUUUUGGGGGGGGUGAGGGCGAUUCGUCCCUUUGUCUUCUGUGAAGACCAAACCUAUGCAAAAUGCACGGACACUUUUUUUUCGUUCCCGGGUUGGGGUUGGGGAGGGCAGGGCUGGACAAAAACGAACAAAUAAACCGCAUUGACAAAAAAAAAAAAAGCAAAGGAACUUUGGGGUGGCAAGGUUUUCUGGGAGGGGGGUUGCCGUUUCUCCUUUUAUUUUUUUUUCUGCCCUCCUCUCCCCCCCCCCUUCAAAAGCUUUGGCUGGUGAUUUUUCAUAUACUUGCUCUUAGUCUAUUAAAAAAAAAUUAAAUAAAAGGUGGAGAAAAAAAGUGGUCGUCUUU